GUUUAGGAGGGAGGCCUCCAAGGAGGCUGUGGGAGAGCAGAGACAGAGACAGAGAGACAGCCAGCUUGUCUGUCCCCACCUGCACCUCCACGGGCACCUGCUGAGCCAUGAGCCAAAGCCAGGAUUUACAGGGAGGAAAAGCCUUUGGGCUGCUGAAGGCCAAGCAGGAAGAGAGACUGGAUGAAAUCAACAAGCAAUUCCUGGAUGAUCCCAAAUUCAGCAGUGAUGAGGAUCUGCCCUCCAAACUGGAAGCCUUCAAGAAGAAAUACAUGGAGUUUGACCUGAAUGGAGACGGAGAUAUUGAUAUCAUGUCCCUGAAGCAAAUGCUGGAGAAACUUGGGGUCCCCAAAACCCACCUGGAGCUAAAGAAAUUAAUCAGGGAAGUUUCCAGUGGCUCUGGGGAGACUUUCAGCUACUCUGACUUUCUCAGGAUGAUGUUGGGCAAGAGAUCUGCUAUCCUAAAAAUGUGAGCGUCCACUUCCAACG